CGAUUGCAAUUGCGACAUCGGGCAAAUACGAGCACGCGGACUUGUCGGCAAUGUCGUAACAGAUUCUUGCCCGCAACGGUACUUCCUGUCGCCAGUUACGAAUUUUGACCCCGUUACAGGUGUGCGUCGCACGAGAACAUAUUGCAUAAUGCGAAGACGACUUUUAAAUCGUCCUCGAAUGUUCCACUUUCCAAUGUGUAUAUGUGACGUACGUUUGUGAAAUGCGAGAAUGGAAUUUCGCUUUGUUUUUCCACCCUCCCCUCUUUUCCUCUUCCAAAUCUACUCUGCUUCCUUCUUUUAAAUGGCUUCACACGGCAGACUUUCCGCGGCUUCUUCUCGUCUAUAAUUGUAUUUUGCUUUUUCUAACUUUAACCUUCUCUUUGUUUGUUUUCAGAUCCCAGAGUGAAGGAUUGGGCGAUGAUGAGCAGCCCCUUCCCGACUCUGGCGAUAUGCCUGUCGUACGCUUACUUUAGCAAGAUUCUGGGACCGAAGCUGAUGGAAAACAGAAAGCCUUUCGAUCUUCGGGGAUUCCUCAUAAUGUAUAAUUCCCUACAGACCCUCUUCUCCAUGUGGAUAUUCUACGAGUAUCUUAUGAGCGGUUGGGCGAUAGAUUACAGCUUCCGAUGCCAACCGGUGGACUAUUCGUAUAGCCCGAUAGCUCUCAGAAUGGCAAGAAUCUGCUGGUGGUACUAUUUUAGUAAAUUUACCGAGUUCUUCGAUACGCUGUUCUUUAUUCUGAGGAAAAAGAACCAACACGUCUCAACUCUUCACGUAAUUCAUCACGGAGUAAUGCCCUUUUCCGUGUGGAUGGGAGUGAAAUUUGCACCGGGCGGCCACAGCACGUUCUUUGCCCUCCUAAAUACCUUCGUACACAUCGUAAUGUACUUCUAUUACAUGAUAGCUGCAAUGGGGCCGCAAUAUCAGAAGUACAUCUGGUGGAAGAAGCAUCUCACUACCAUGCAAAUGAUACAAUUUGUGCUUAUCAUGUGCCAUCAAUUCCAAUUGCUCUUCACCGAGUGCGAUUAUCCGCGAGGUUUCAUGAUCUGGAUCGGCUUACACGGUGUUCUAUUCCUCGGGUUGUUCUCGGAUUUCUACAAAACGAAGUACAAAGGCGGUCCUGCGGGCAAAAAUUCCACGAAGAAGAUGCAAAAUGGCACGUCCGGUGGAGUUUGCAUGCCGAUCUUGGAUGAAAACGACAGUGCGACGCACAAUGGCGUGUCAUCUUAUGCCACGAUCUACAACAAAGAGUACAACAGUUGUUACAGCAACGGCACGAACAACGGUUACGUCGCCAACAAUAACAUUACGGAGAAGAAGCUCGCUUAGGACAUGGUUUCGUUGGAAGUCCGACCAUUUUUUUCAGUAUGCUGGUCAACUGCUCGUCGUGUACCUACAUUCGUCUAUCGUGAAAAAUCAUCUCGCAACACGCUCAUAAACUUAGGCGUGAGAAUACGAAAUCAAAUUAUGCGCGCGUGUAAGGAGGACAAAAAGACGAUGAGGUUCUCGGGCGAAAGACCCGACAUGUAUAAAGCGAGACGUCUCGUUAAAUAUUCUGCAUUAUUAGCAGAACAGAAGUUGUGUUCACUAACAUAGUAUCAUCGAUGAGAGGGCUGUUGUGACGUCCGUAUUAAAAAUAAUAGAAGAAAAAAACGCAAUGCAAACAAUCGUUAGUAAAAAAAAGACAUGGCAUCUUCCUUUUUUGAGCCUUCAUGGUAACAUAACGUGAUCUUUAAAUUAGUGAUUCGUGACAUCUGCCAUACGAAAAUAAAACAUCGAUUAUAGUAUCGGAAAUAAUAAUAUAAUACUUAUUAAGAGCAUUAACAACAAAAAAACGAAGAGACUCAUUUUAUGGUUUCCAUAUUUUGGCGCUGUGGAAACUGCUGCGAUUUGUAAAAUCUCUACAUUGCAAUUAACUUGAAGCUGAUUAAAUUAAAGAGAGAUCACAUUCUACAAGACGCGAGAACGUGAGAAAUGAUGUAAGAGGCGAUGUUAAAGCGCACACAUACACGACGAGGAAUAUUGAGAACCCUUGUCGAUAAUUAUAUUGGCAAGAGCGGCGCGUUCGCUGUGCAUAUAAUUUUUUUUUGUACUGGUUGAGUACAAGUGUGAAUGUUUCUUAGUUAUAUGUAAUCUUUCAAGACAUCUCCCAUUGAGGCACAUUGCUGGAACUAAACCCUUUUCCCCCUCUCUGACCAUCAUUACCGACUCUGUCUCUUUCUAACGCCGACUGUGUUCAAACCUUCGGUGUUCUUAAAAAUUACAGUGCAGAUAUCAAUUUGCCCAAAAUAUUAUAUGGCAGAGUUAGCUGUAUAAUUAUAGAGUACAUUAGCAGCAUAAUAAUUCGUAAAAUUUUUCACCAUUUACUAAAUGUUUAUAUAUUUCUUGUUUUCUUAACAGUUAGGCUUUUUUCAAGAUUAUAUAUUUUGUUAAUUGUUUAAUCAAUUUUUCAAACGAAUUUAAAUUUUUUUUAUUUUAGACUUCAAGUUUUAUCCUACUUGUAAAAUGCUUUGUUGUAUUGUAUUACUGAAAAUAUAGCAGCAAUAUAUAUUUACGUUGACAAUUUCUAUUUUUUAUUACUCAUAUUAUUUCAAAAAAUUGUUACGAAUUAUUAAAUACAUACUAUCGGCUAUACCAACAUUUUCCAUAACUUCUCAUAUAUUUAAUUCACUGCGUGGCUUGAUUCUACCACUGACAGUAAUGAUAACAUAUAGCAAGCUGCCGAAAAGAAUUUGUUCGUUGCUUCAAUCGCUUUGUCUUUAAUAAAAACGGCAUGUAAAGCCGCACUGCGGCUUGUUAUUAUCGUGCACGAUGCAACAUGAGCGCUUUUAAUCGAUCGGGAAAGGCAUAUGACAUUCAUGUCGCAGGAAUCACGGAGCUUUAGUGUCGUAGAAUCAAGCUUCAAGAAAGGGAGCACGCAUUGCGAGUAAUGAGCCUCUCGUACACGCAAUCCGUAAGUUUGAUCACGACAGUCACAGAGAAAUCGAGCGAAUGCGAAUGUGUCUCAAGAUAUAUUAUACAUAUACACGCGAAUAAUACUAUAUUCGAGGGGAAGGGCAAAUGUUUUAGAAAUCAUAAUAGUCGCACUAUAAGAUUAAUAUAUUUGUACACACUUCCUAUUUUUAUGACUAUAUUAUUUAUCCAGACAUAAUAAAAUCUCUUUGAUGAUGAAACAUUUUUCUCGACUGUAAUAAAUUCAACCUCGGCUAUUUUUACAGGCGGAUAAGCUAGCUCUAGCGAAUCAGAAUAAAAGAAUUGAACGUAUAAUCUUACAUCGUGUUCGUCAUAAUGAGCUUCCUCAUGAAAGUAUACAUACAUCUGGUGAUGUCGAUUAGUUUUCGAAACAAUCGGAAACUAGUAUUGUCAUCGAAAAGAGAUCGCCAUGCUGUUCAUUUGUGCAACGAGUUUCGCAUUUGUAAAACCUCUAUUUUUUCCAUAAGCAAUGACUUUUAAUUAAACUCAAAAGCGCAUAGAAUAUAACUUACUUAAGCUCGAAAUAUGAAUUAUAAAGAUACUAGACGGAACUACAUAUAUUUCCAUAGAUUAUUAUAUAUAUAUAUAUUAGAAUUAAUUUUUCCAUGAAACAUGACGGCGGUAUUCAUAAUUUGUGUUUAUUUCAAAAUCGUCUUAAGUAAUGCCUUAAGAUAUUGAUGCAAUUCAGCGUAUGUAUCAUCGAUUUAUGACAUCCUAAGUAUGUGCUUAGAGAUAGUCUUAAAUAUAAAAACUGAUUAUGAAUACCAGCCAUAAACACGUGUUCUAUGAAUUAUUGCAUUUCGAAAUUGACAUUACAAUCGCCGAUUUUGCACCGUCAGUUGUUUGAUUGUUCACUAUUUGUUCAUUGAAACUUGAAGCUACGUUGCUCCGGUUCAGCAUAAGCAUAAUAAGGAAUGAUAUCAUCUUGUUUCCAUUAUAACGAAAUACGAAUGACAACGCAUACGCAUAAUUUGAAGAACUGCCGUAAUUGAAUAAGAGCGUGAACAAAAUUUCAUAAGAAUCGUAUGAAAUUAAAGGCGGAAACCUAAACUAAGAGAAAUAUUUAGUGAGUUCUCUCGAGCGUCUGAAGAUAGAGCUUUAUGCAUUUUUUUAUCUCACGCAAAAUAAUAUACGAUAAAAAAGGUAAAGCUAACUAAUUAGAGCGUCUAGCUGAUAGUUAGACGUACUAUGUUACGUUAUCUUAGUCUAAGUUGUGAUAUUGCGGUAUAACAAUACUAAUUAAUAUGUUUAAGAAGAAGGAGUAGACGAACGCAGUGUAAAUUACAACUUUUUUAUGGGUGUCUUCAUAGAUAAUCGUUUUUAGCAAAGAGUAAUAAAACACAAUACGAUUGGACUCUAUGUCGGUGAAGAAUCCUAUAUUGUACUUAGUAAAACGCACAGAGCGGAUUAGUAGUUGAAAGACGUAAAACGCAAAACGUUGUGUUUCUCGCCAGAUCAAUAAACGGAAUGUAAAACUUUCAUUAACAGAGACUAGGGAAAGUCUUCGAUUUUUUUUUUUCCCCCGUUAAUGAACACAAUACUGAAACAACGUUGCUAUUACGUUUGACUUUAUUAACUUAAGCACGAGCAAGAACUUUUUUAUGUAUCGACCGCACAAUAUUUUUUUAACGAGAAAGCAGAUUGUCUGUAAUAACUACCUUGCGGUUUUGCAGUAUAGCUAUAAUUUCUCAUGAAUCUAAUUGUUUUCUAUACAAGAAUAAUUAUCAUUAUUCAUGACAAA